AUGGCCUGGUUGCGCGGGAAGGUCGCGUUAGGGAGCUUCCCAGAUUUAGCUGGAGCCGUUAACAAGAUAAGCGAGAGCGUCAAGAACAUCGAGAAGAAUUUUGACAAUGCUCUUGGUUUAGAAGACCAGCCUGGUGGUUCUACAUCCGCCAUUGAUGAAAAAGAUGAAUCUUCAACCCAUCCAUCUUCUUCCAAACAAAAGGAAGGCAUUGAUGUUAAAGACUCAACUAACAUUACCGAGGAACAUAUCUCUCCUGUUAGUGAAGAAAUUUCACAGCUUGAAGAGCAUCAACAUCACCCUGUGGAAACGAACAUAGCAAUUCCUGAAGAAGUAGAUAACAGUGGUGAAAAAGCCAUAGAUACAAACACAGUUAUUUGUAAGCAAGCAGAUGGUAUUCUUGGGCUUCCUGAGGAAGAAGAAAACAUUGCUAAAAAACAUAUAGAAAUUGACACUGCAGCAUCUUCCAUUGCUGACAAUCACCUUGAAGCAGAAGCUAACUCACAAGCAAAAUCAAGUACCAAUGAUGCUGAGGAUCAAUCAGAUUCUUUGGAGCAUGUUCAAGAUAGUGAAAGCUCAGAAAUUGGUUCAACAAAAAAUCUUGGAUCAAUAGAUCAGUUAACAGAUUCUGUAGACGAAGUUCAAACCAUUUCACCUGAUUUGCAGAAGAGUGACCACGAACUAAACGUACAAAACACAGUGACUACUCAAGAAGAUGAUUUAGUUGAGGGGGUGGAUGCAACAUAUGAUGGCCAAUCUGCAAUAGAGUCAGAGCCACAUGAAAUGAUUAAAACUGUCCAAAAAGGUCAACCACAUUUAUUACCAAAAAAUGCUUCUGAGAAGGUUCCAGAAGUAGUUCCUAAGGAUAACAAUGAAAAUGCUAAAGUUAAUACAGUGAAUCAGCUUGUUGGUGGUGAUGAGAGAGAUGAAAAAGAACAUCACACAAUUUCGGGAAGCAGAUUGUCUGACAAUGAAGAUUCCAUUGUUGAAGUGGAGACAUUGAAAAGUGAGAUGAAGAAGAUGGAGGAUGCACUUCUGGGAGCUGCUAGACAAGCUCAGGCAAAAGCUGAUGAAAUUUCGAAGCUGAUGAAUGAAAAUGAGCAGCUGAAAUUUAUAAUCGAGGAUCAGAAGAAAAAGUCAAAUGAGGCUGGAAUGGAGUCUCUACGAGAAGAGUGUCAUCAAAGGGUCUCGACUCUUGAACGAAAGGUUUAUGCUCUUACAAGAGAAAGGGAUACACUACGUAGAGAGCAAAAUAAAAGAAGUGAUGCCACUGCCCUUCUAAAGGAAAAGGAUGACAUAAUCACCCAAGUUAUGGAAGAGGGGGAAAAGCUUUCAAAGAAACAAGCUGUUCAAGAGUCUACAAUAAGAAAACUACGGGCACAGAUUAGAGAGUUUGAAGAUGAGAAGAAAGGAUUUAUAAGCAAGCUACAGGCUGAAGAGAACAAAGUGGAAAGUUUAAAGAGUAACAAAGCAGCCACAGAGAAACUGCUGCAAGAAACAAGAGAGAAAAACCAGUCUGAACUUGAAACACAAAAGGAAUACUAUCUGAAUGCAUUAAGUGUAGCUAAGGAAGCAAAAGCAGUAGCAGAGGCACGAGUAAAUGAUGAAGUGAGAACUGAACUAGAGAUUCGCCUAAAGGAAGCCGGGGAACGAGAAUUUAUGCUAAUUCAAACUCUGGAAGAAUUAAGACAAACUCUGUGCAGAAAGGAGCAACAGGAAAUUUAUAGAGAAGAUAUGCUAAGGAGAGAAAUUGAUGACCUCCAAAAACGAUAUCAAGCAAGUGAGCAUAGAUGUGAAGAGCUUGUUAUGCAAGUUCCUGAAUCAACAAGACCUCUUUUGAGGCAAAUUGAAGCUAUGCAGGAAACAACUGCUAGAAAAUUAGAAGCCUGGGCUGCUGUGGAGAGAUCACUAAACAUUCGGCUUCAGGAUGCAGAGGCCAAAGCUAAAGCCUUAGAGGAAAAAAACCGUGCUGUUAAUGAACGAUUAUCCCAAACAUUAUCUCGAAUAAAUGUUCUUGAAGCUCAGAUAUCCUGUUUGAGAUCUGAGCAAACACAACUAACUAGGUCUCUUGAGAAAGAAAGACAAAGAGCAUCGGAAAGCAGGCAGGAGUACUUGGUUCUAAAAGAGGAAGCUGAUACUCAUAAUUGUCAUGCUAGUCAACUCGAAGAAGAGAUGAGGUUACUCAAGAAGAAACAUAAGCGAGAACUGCAAGAAGCAUUGACACAACGCGAACUUCUUCAACAGGAAAUAGAACGUGAAAAAGCUGCACGUUUGGAACUAGAAAAAACACCCCGUCUUCAAGUUCCAACUUCCAUAGCCAAAACCAAAUCUAUCCCCGAGAAUGGUGAGAGGUUGACUCGCAGACUUUCAAGUCCUAGCAGUUUAAGUAGCAUGGAGGAGAGUUUGUUUCUACAAGCAUCUUUGGACUCAUCUUAUACUUUCUCUGAAAGAAGUCCAAGGGAGCCUACUAAACCUCCUUUUUAUUUCAAGAGCAUGAGUACCCCAAAUGUUUUCCAUGCCGCUCUACGCCAAAAGGAGGGUGAACUCCAAUCUUACAUGUCUAGAUUGGUAUCCAUGGAAUCCAUUCGUGACUCUCUUAGUGAGGAAUUGGUUAAAAUGACCAAGGAGUGUGAAAAACUAAGGUCAGAAGUGGCUCUGCUUCCUAGCAUUAAGGCCGAGCUAGAAGCGCUAAGAAUCAGGCACUCUGCUGCACUAGAGUUAAUGGGUGAACGAGAUGAAGAGCUUGAAGAACUUCGUGCUGAUAUUGUGGACGUGAAGGAAAUGUACAGAGAACAAGUUAACAUGCUUGUAAAUAAGGUAUAA